GAUCGGACAAUAGCAAAUCAUUGUCUUUACUAUCAAGGAAAAGUUGGGAAAAGGAAUAUGAUUACAUUAUUGGCUGAUGAUAUUACAACCACAAUACGGAAGCUUUACUGUUAAAAGUUAAUGGGAAACGCGUAAAGAAUGGAUUAACCAAUGCAUCGAUAUGGAAUCAAAUUUACACCAAACAAUAUAAUACAAUAAUCAUAAUCGUAAAAAUGAUAUUAUUGGUAUUGGAAAUUCAUUGAAACCUUUUCGAAAUCCAAGAAUCAACUCUAAAUUAGAUAAUCGUAAAACCAUUUCAGGAUUUUUGCUCAAGAAAUUUGCAAUCUUUUCAAUUUUGCUGGUGACAUUAUCGUCUUAUGAUCAUCACUUUCAAUCUCUAUAAUAUCUUGAUGAUCAUAAUCAAUUUAAUUAGGACCAUAUUAGAUAACUGAGUCAAAUUAAAUUGAAUAUGAUCAUUGUAUUAGUAGAGCAAAAAGUUGAUUAAAUCAACACUCACUUACACAUGUUUAAAGCAAAGAUUGAGUUUCAACUCACCAUUAUUUAUCAUUAUUAUUAUCAUUAUUAUUAACAUCAUUAUUUUGCUCAGUCUAAUUAGCUAAUUAACACGUUAACUAUACAACAAGUGAACAAUUUACUCUUAUCUAGUCCAAUCAGAGUAUUUUUUUAAUGUGCCAAUAUUGUUAAAUUCAAAUUGUUUCCGGAAUCACCAGAAAUUCAUCUUAAUUGUCAAACAGAUUGUCAUCUUAAAUAAUAACUGUCCAAUUUAUUGAACACACAUUAUGAUUAGGAUCGAUUUAUAAAUUACAUUUCACAAUAUAACUGUAUAACGUUAAACAUGAUAUUGUUUUCAUGCUAAUUUGUUUGAGCCAUUAAUUCCGCCAAACAUAUUCAUCAAUUAACUCAACUUCAAUUACUUUAAUCAUUCAAGUUCAUGCAAUAGAGAAAUUAAUGCAAAACUGAACCAAUUAUGCUUCUUUAAAAUUCAAGGAUCAACAGCAAACAAUCAAAACCAAUCAAGUCUUAUAAGGCCAAAGGCAAAUACAAAAGCCAUUGGAUAUUUAAAGUGAUUAACAUUAUCAAUUGGCUAUUUCAAGCUUAAUAAAGACUGGACAUCUUGAUUAAGAUUCAUUUUUUCAUUCAUAUUCAUACAAAAUGAAUUGCUCGCGAUCAAAUAAUCAGAUGUUAUGUCAGUCUGGCCAACUGUAACGGUUGACAUGAAUAUGGUUUUAAUAUUGUUUUGUCGUCUCCUUAAGUGAUCAACCAAUUGAUUUAAAUUUUUUAUUAAAUUGGAACAGUUCCUAAUCAAAUAUUCAAAUCAUAGUGAAUAAAUAGAAGCUUGAAUCAAUUUAAUUCAAUGAAUUUACAUUUAGUAAAGUGAUUCUAAUUGAGUUUGUUUCAUUUUUAUUUUUGUCAACAGUUGGUGGAGGAACAGCUGGAUCAGUAUUGGCUCGUAGAUUAUCUGAUAUCCCAGAGAAUCGAGUUCUGGUAAUUGAAGCCGGUGGUAUGGAAAAUAUAAUGCAUGAGAUUCCCUUGGCGUGGUCAACAUUGAAAAAAUCUGAAUACGAUUGGAACUACAAAACGGAAUCUCAAGAAGUUGCUUGUUUUGGCUAUGAAGAUAAGAGAAUCACUUGGACAUCAGGAAAAGUGCUCGGUGGCACCAGUUCAAUGAGCAAUAUGAUUUAUGUGCGUGGAAACGCCUUUGAUUUUGAUGGUUGGCUGAAGGAAGGUGCUCUUGGCUGGAGUUGGGAUGAAGUUUACCCUUACUUUCUUAAAUCAGAAGACAAUUUAGAUACUGAGAUUGCUUUUAAUGGUUAUCAUAGACAAGGUGGCUUAAUGGGCAUUUCAAAAUCACCAUUUACCUCUGAAUUGGGUAAAACUUGGCUUCAAGCUGGAUUGAGUUUGGGUUAUCGGUCAACUGAUUGUAAUAGUCAAAAGCAAUCUGGAUUCACAAUUCCUCAAGGUUUCAUCAGGAAAGGUGGACGAUCCAGUGCUUACAAAACAUUUCUGGAACCAGUCAAGGAUCGUAACAAUUUACAUAUCAUGUUACACUCUCGUGUUACUCGGAUCCUUUUUGGUGACAAUAAAAGAGCAGUUGGAGUACAAUUUGACCGUGAUUCUUUGUCCUUUGUUGUUUAUGCCAAAUCAGAGAUUAUAUUAACUGCUGGAACAAUCAGUACACCUCAUCUGUUAAUGGUAUCUGGUGUUGGACCUGCUGAUCAUCUUGAAUCUCUCAAGAUACCAAUUGUUGCUGAUUUACCGGUGGGGGAAAACCUCCAUGAUCAUCCUUACACUGGAGGGAUUACCUUUUCUGUAUCUGGAGUGAAGACUUUAAAGAUUGAUGAAAUAUUUAGUCCGCAAAAUUUUCUCCGUUAUCUGGUUUCUGGUUCUGGUCCAUUAACAUCUUUUGGUGGCAUUGAAGGUGUUGCUUUCAUGACUUCUAAAUACACAAACAGUUCAGGUGAUUGGCCUGACAUUGAAUUAAUUUUGGUUAAUGGUGAUUUACAGGACAAUAGUAAACUGAUGACUGUUAAAAUGAAAGAGCUGUACAACUCGACUCGAUCGCUGAAUACAUUCACCAUUUUACCUGUAAUACUUAGACCCAAAUCUCGUGGUUGGUUAAGACUGAAAACGGCUAAUCCAGUUGAUUAUCCUUUAAUUGAUCCAUUAUAUUUAACUCAUCCAGAUGACAUAAUGGUAAUGGUUGAAGCAAUUAAAUCUGCCCUUGCUAUUGGAACAUCAAAACCUUAUAAAGAUCUUGAAGCCUCAUUAGUUCCACUAAUGAUUCCAAGUUGUGAUCAUUAUGAUUGGUUAUCUGAUCAAUAUUUAGCCUGUUGGGCUCGGGUUAUGACCGGCACUGUAGGCGAUGUAGUUGGUACUUGUAAAAUGGGUCCACCUUGGGAUAGAUCAUCGGUUGUUGAUCCUGAGCUUCGUUUGCUCGGUGGAAUCACUGGAUUAAGAGUUGCUGAUGCUUCAAUUAUGCCAAGAAUUAUUUCUGGUAACAUUAAUGCAGCCGUAAUUAUGAUUGCUGAAAAGGCUGCAGACAUGAUUCUGGGAAGAAAACUAGAAGCCUUUUCCGGUCCAAUUCCAACCGAUUAUUCAUCAUUGAAAGAAUUGAAUCGAAAUUGAAUUAAGCUUUAUAUUUCCUAUUCAAAUUUAAAACAUCUCCUUGUAAUAUAACCAUUUUGUAAUUGUUUCAUUUUGAUUUAAAUGAAUAGCUGCUGGCUAGGCUAAAACAAAAUUAAUAAACCUCUAAUUGUUAAAAA